GGCGUCGACUGCCUUCUUUAAUUUACUUCAUUACCAUUUAGAACUCACAACAUUCAUUAAAGCUCAAUCACUCUAUUUAAAAUCACGAUUUAAAUUGUUUUGCAACCAAGAAAAAUCAGUUACUGGGCACUCCCAAUAAUUUCCUUUCAUUUCAGUUAUCAUCACAACAUGAGAUAGAUUAGAAUUGGAAUGUAGUGUUUUAUUUUAAGCAUAAGGAGAGUGUACCCUUUCACAUUUAGAAAACAUGAAAUCGAUACCUCAGGAAGGAACAUUCCUGUAAAGAACUGGAUCAAACACGCAUUUAUGUAUUUCGGAAUUCGAAGAAAUCUAAAUUUCUGAGAAUACAGUAUGGUGUCGAUUUAUUUCCACCAUAUCCAUCAUUUUCUAUUUCAGCACGUAUCAUUUCUAUUCUUGAGCCACUUGGUCGAACACGAGCCACUACGGUCACGUUUUAGUGCCAUUUGUCAGCCUCAAGAAGAAUUUUGUAUUAUCCUCUGCCUGCUCUCUUGAUUUUCCUCUUACAAAAGUUCAUCUCAGCGAUAUCUUGCUAAUUCUCCCUCCCCAGACUGUAUCUUUGGCUUCACCAGUGAGGGAAACAACCCUAUUCGACAUCCUUUGGUUUAUAAUCACGAUCAUAACCGUUAUCAUCUACUGUAUAUAAAACUGGUUGAAUAAUUUUAGACGGAGAACAAGUUUUGUUACGCAUAAAUAAAUCUUGCUGACUGAUUUUUUGUUUGUUUGUUUUUUUUGACUAAAGCGCAGAUGGCAACUCAUUCUUUUAAAAUCCAACUGAACCACUAGUAGUCUAAAACGCUUGCCUCUCGCAAGGGCCGCCAUAUUUUUACUCGCUCAAAUUUCUUUGCAAUUCUGUUUUCGUGGAAAACCAAGGCCACUUUUGUCUGUUUUCGUGUCUAUCAUAACGUCACAGCAAAAGUUUAUGCGAGGUUUAAAAUAUCUCAGUUGGGUGGGCCUACUGAAAAAUGUCGUGUUAUUCAAAUUUCAUCGCAAGUUCAUCAAGCAACCACGAAAUCAAACGUGAUAUUGUCAAAGCAACGUUGUACAAUUCUUUACAAAUCCCGUUCGCUUCAUAUAGUUUUUUUUUCGACCUGUGAACUGAAGGAAAACACUAACUUGGAAGACUCGUGACAUUCAGGCUGAGUGGAUGUGUGUAGAGUAAUUCAGGUCACCUUCCUUCGAAGAAUAAGCACUGUUUGAUCUGCGCUCUUCAUGACAUCCUUAAGGUUUUUAGAGAAGCCUGAUUGAUUUUUACGGAUAAAAAUUUUUGUCUUGGGGAGUGCAUAUUUUACCAAGUGUCCAAUGUCUGGUUGCUAGCGGGUCUAACUUCCGCUUAAACCGGAAAUUUGCAAUGUUCGUGGAAACGAGGCUAUCAAACAGGAAAUGGUGCAUUGACAUUUGAAAAGUUUAGAGGGAGACAGUUAGAUUAAUGUCUGACUACAAGGAUUGUUGUUAUUAAAGAGGGACAAGAGAGCAAGAAUGGAGAGUAAAAAGGGAAGAAGAAGAUUGAAGAAAAGGAGAACGAGUGUGAAUCUCCAAAGACAGAGGACCAACCUCACGGAACAGGACAAAAAACAAGACCAAGAGAACAUGGAAGUGGAACCAUCAGUGACAAAUGUGUCUAAACUGUCCACAUAUACCACACUUAAAGCAAACAACAAAGCCCUGGCGGCAGCUCUUGAGGAUGCCCAGCAAGAACUUUGCCUUGUUCAGCAUGAAAAUGUCCAGCUUAAAAAGAAAAUCUAUAACAGUCAUUUAGAAUUUGUGGAGAAAACAAAAGCAUUAGAACAACAAUUGAAUUCCCAUGAGAAGAUCUCAGAAAAUGAUUUUGCAUCAAAAGCAGAGGCUGGAAUUAAAGAAGUCCAUAAUCUCCUGAACCAGACAUGUGGCAAGUUUGUUCAAGGUUCAAACUUUUUGUCAGAAGCCCUUCAUCUUCUUAGCUCUCUCCUUGCUCCUGCUGAAGGACACAAGCAUGAAACUAUUCAUGUAGUAUCAAACAGUGUGUCUCCUUAUAUGGACCCUGUCUCAAACUGUGUGUGUACCACUCCUCCACCAGAUGAACCAUCAGCAAUGGAGAUCACAGAUAUACAAUCAACCAUUAUUGAGAACAAUGAGGUUUUCAUGAAAAACUUGGACAGAGGAAUUCUGAGUAACAUGGUGGACCAAAAUGAAACAAGGAAGGAAUCCAGCCAGCCUCAGCCUGCUAGAUGCCACAUGAAGAGAAAAAGUACCACAGGUGUCAGUUAUGUAGAGCCAGGACUUCGCAGCAAAUUGCGUAGAGGAGACCCUUUUACUGACAGCAGAUUGUUUGGUGAUGCAAUCCAAAUAAACACAACACGAAAAAAAAAGAGAAGUUUGACAAAAGGAACCACGACUCUACCUAUCAUGGGAAAAACAGUAAGUGCACAUGUUAGAUUUUCAUAUUUGCUUGAGAUGAGAAUGUUUUAUUCUCAGUGAGCUUGUUUGGCUUUAAGUAUCUACAAAAAUUCUUCUUUUCCUCAGAAAAAACGUGCUCCCUUGGCAAAUCUAACAAACAUUAUCGUUGAAGAAAUCUGAAAAAAUCCCGAGAACUUCCCAUGCAUGAACUCAUUGGAGUCAAAGGAAUCUGGCUGGCCAUGAAGAAACGAAAAACAAUGUACCCACAAUUGAGUUAUUACUUAGAGUAUCUAUUUACAAGUGGAUAAAGUCUUGUACGUAGAGGAGGUUUUUGUUGUGAAAUAUCGACCUUUUCGAUGUGUUUGUCGAUUAAAUUUAUUUAUUUACGAA